AUGUCUAUUCAGCAGCAAAGAAAAGACGACGACGACGAUGCAGUGCGAAAUGAGGACCUGGAGGCUUAUCUGAAUGCGGAAUACGAUAUGAGCGAUGACGAUGACAGCGAUGAGGGCUUUGAGGGCCGUGAAACAGACCCGCUGUUGGAAGCCGGUGAUCGAGCGAAGUUUACACCUAGCUACAACGGAAGCUUCCGGCAGCAGGUGAUAGAAAGAUGGCACCUCAUCCUGGAGCCAAGACAGAAAAGACGAUUCAACCUUGUGGGACCAAAGUGUUGGGGCAUCGGCUGCGUCAUCCUUGGUUUGAUCUUGCUCGCAUUUGUGUACCUUUCAUCACCUGUGCUCAAGGCAAUGUUAUUCCCAGAAGAGCAGAACGGCACAGCACCAGUCCAGAGACUUACCUAA